ACCUUAAUUUCAGCCAAUCGGCUGAAAUUAGGGCGAAUUCAUCCGGAAACGGUGCCUUCAUCCGGAUAAUUGCACCGCGCCUUCCCCUGCUCUACCUUCGCAAAUCGCCUCCGUCUCCGAAGCGUAACCCGCAAUGAGCUCGGACGCAGGCGGUCCGCGCCGCAGCUACCGCAGCGCCGGCAAUGGGCAGCAGCGUCCCGGGAGCUUCCGCCUCAGUAGCGAUCAAUCCUCCUCCCAGGCGUCCCCUCGUCCGUCGCGUCAGGUGCGCCACAGUGUCAAGAAGACCGCAUCCAUCGAGGAAGGAGACUUUGUUUGGGUAAGCGACGAGAGCGGCAUCUGUACGUCCGCCGUGGUGGUGCGUACGGGCUUCGUGUUCGACGAGGAUUCCGACCAGGAGCAGCACGUGACGGUCGUACACACGGAGGACGGCGAAGAGCGCGCUAUCCGCGAUCGUCCAUUGGUCAAAUUACCAGCCUGCCACCACCCCAAGCAAUUGUUGCCUCUGGAGCUACACGACCUCAGUAAUGUGCCCUUAAUGGCAACCAAUGGGGAUGCUGGACGCACAGAGACUUUCACGCCACAACAAUUGGAGAACGUAGCGCUCUACACUUUAAGAGCACGAUAUCGCAUGGAGCAGGUCUACACGUGGGUGGAUCGCGUCCUAGUAGGUGUGAACCCUGUGACCCCAUUGCCUAUAUACACACCGGACCAUAUGCAGGCCUACAAUAAGAGCAGAGAGCAGACGCCGCUCUACGAGAAGGACACAGUGAACGACGCGCCGCCACACGUGUUUGCAUUGGCUCAAAAUGCUCUGAGAUGUAUGCAAGAUGCAGGUGAGGAUCAGGCUGUUAUUCUGCUUGGAGGAAUGGGCGCAGGGAAGUCCGAAGCGGCCAAACUUAUUGUACAGUAUUUGUGCGAGAUCGGAGACAGCGCUACGCCUCGACACGACUCAGAAGCAGAAUCAGGCGUGCUGCAUCCCAUUGGACAGCAGAUUUUACAUGCUUUUACAAUUCUGGAGGCAUUUGGAAACGCUGCUACCACACAGAACCCAAACUCGUCCAGAUUUGCUAAAAUGAUCUCGGUGGAGUUCAGUAAACAUGGCUACGUGAUCGGAGGCGGCUUUACGACCCAUUAUUUCGAGAAAUCUCGCGUAAUCGACUGUCGCAGCCAUGAACGCAACUUCCACGUGUUUUAUCAAGUGCUCGCUGGUGUGCAGCAUGACCCUACACUUCGUGAUUCGCUGGAGAUGAACAAGGGUGUGGAGGAGUUCGAUCUUUUGAAGCAGGCAGACCCGGAACUUACGAAUUUUGCGCUGGAUGCUCGAGACUACAGAGACCUCAUGUCCAGCUUCUCAGCCUUGAGGAUCAGGAAGAACCAGCGUGUCGAGAUCGUGCGUAUUGUGGCUGCGUUGCUGCAUUUGGGCAAUGUGGAUUUCGUUCCGGACCCGGAAGGUGGCAAGUCGGUGAAUGGCGCUAACUCUACGACUGUAAGCGACGCUCAGUCGUGCGCAUUGAAGGAUCCAGCGCAGAUCUUGCUUGCGGCGAAGCUUCUGGAGGUGGAGCCUGUCGUUUUGGACAAUUACUUCCGCACUCGUCAGUUUUUCUCAAAGGAUGGCGGCAAGACCGUGUCGUCGUUGAAAGUGGUGACUGUAAAUCAAGCACGUAAAGCACGAGACACGUUUAUCCGGAGUUUGUACGAGUCGCUGUUUAACUUCCUCGUGGAGACGCUAAAUGGCAUUUUGGGCGGCAUCUUUGAUCGCUACGAGAAGUCAAAUAUUGUGAUUAAUUCACAAGGCGUCCACGUGUUGGAUAUGGUUGGCUUUGAAAACCUGGAGCCGUCACAGAACAGCUUUGACCAGCUUUGUUUCAAUUAUUGGAGUGAAAAAGUGCACCAUUUCUACGUGCAGAACACAUUAGCGAUCAAUUUCUCAGAUCUGGAAGACGAGUCGCAACAAGUGGAGAACCGACUGACUGUGCAUUCUAACGUGGACAUUACGAGUGAACAGGAAAAGUGUCUGCAGUUAUUCGAGGAUAAGCCCUUCGGUAUCUUCGAUCUACUGACCGAAAACGCCAAGAUACGCGCUCCUAAUGACGAGGAUUUCGUCAACAAGCUGUUCUCUGGUAACGAAGCUGUUGGCGGAUUGUCGCGGCCGAAUAUGGGCGCUGAUACGACGAACGAAUACUUGGCGCCGUCCAAGGAUUGGCGGCUGAUGUUCAUUGUUCAGCACCACUGCGGCAAGGUUACGUACAAUGGCAAGGGCCUUUCAGCUAAGAACGCGCUGAGUAUCUCUUCAACGUGUGCAGCUAUCAUGCAGUCGUCUAAGAACGCUGUUCUCCAUGCUGUGGGAGCUGCUCAAAUGGCUGCAGCGUCCAGUGAAAAAGCUGCUAAACAAGCUACUCGUCGAACAAGCACUUCUUCCAAGUUCCGGAGUUCUAUCAGCUCGGCAAAGGAGGCAAAGGCAUCCAGUGACAGCGCAGCGACUGACGUGUACAACCAAGCUGACGCUUUACUGCAUGCUUUGAACCACACGGGAAAGAAUUUUCUCGUAUGUAUCAAGCCCAAUGAAGACCUGGAAGAAGGCGUGUUCGAUUCGGCCUACGUGAUGAAGCAGAUCCGAGAGAACCAUCUGGUAGAGCUCAUGCAAGCCAGCCGCUCGAUCUUCACUGUCCAUCUGACGUACGGCCACUUUUUCCGACGCUAUAAGAACGUCUGUGGUCACCGAGGAACGCUGGAGUCUCUACUGCGUUCGCUGUCUGCUAUCGGUGUGUUGGAAGAAGAGAAGUUCGUGGUGGGGAAGACUAAAGUGUAUCUGACCAGCCACCAAUGGAAAAAGCUGGAGAAGGCUCGAUUCCUGUACUUGAACGCGUGUGCGACUAUGAUCCAGCGCAAUAUGCUUCGUGGUGGGUUUCGUAAGAAGUCUGCGCGGUUGUUGUAUGUCAUGCGCGGUCUGCGUGAAGCCAUGGCACAGAGAGACCAGAACGAUAUCAUCCAGCACCUUGCGAACUGUAAACAGAUCUUAGGGAAGCGCGCUUCAGAGGAUAUUCGUGUGUUGAACGAGGGCCGGCAAUUAAUUGCACGCUUGGAUGAAGAAGAGUACGUCAAUUCGAUCAUUGCUGAUGCCACACGUAUCGGCCAUCCAGCCUUGAUCGAGUAUGCUGUACGUGUGGCGGAGAAGAGUUCGCCCUGGCUUGCAGUGGACCACUUGCGAAGAAAAAGCAAGAGUAUCGUGGCGAUGCAAAAGCAGAAGACGGAGAAACUCGCUGCAGUUAACAAGAAGCUGCGUGCUUCUAUGAUUGCUAACGAUCCGGAGGCGCUUAUGGGCUCCUUGGCGACACUUGAGGAGCCCUCAGUUGAGUCAUUGGAGAGAAAACUGGCGACGAUGAUGAUCAUUCGUGCACUGGAGGAGAAAAGCGCCGUGGAGUCUGUCACACACGCUCUUUCGUCGAUCAAGGAAGAUGAUAAUGACGCUACGAUUCUGAAUAAAUUGCUGGGUCCUGCAACGAAGGCAAUCAGCUUGGGUGUCGAAGCGAAAUUGCCUACACUUGUGGACACACUGGGGACGAUUCCUACUGAUGUGGAGGCUGUUACGGACGAGGAAGAAGAGGAAAUUGAAGAAGAGGUCGAGGUGGAAGUGGAAGAAGAGAUUGAAGAAGAGGUUAUCACCCCAAGUUCUUCUGCUGGAUCUGCUGACACGACCAACUUAGUUGCUGCCCUUCAAAAGGCUCUAGAUGACGAGAACUUUGUCGCUGUGGAGAGGGUAUUGGUUCGACUAAGAGCUCUUGGCGUUCCUGAUGGAGAUCCUCGAACAGUAGAUGCAGAACGCGCUUUAGAGGCUCAAGCUGUCCCUGCCAGUGCACAUUCUGAGCGCAAACAAAUGGUGAAGUUUCUAGCCGUCGCUAAGAUGUCACAAGAUAUUGAAUUGUUGUCUGAAGCGAUUGAAGCUGCUGUCGGCGUGGGCUUAGCGAAGUGGGAUUUCAAUCUUAAAAACGCCGAAAGGGAACGCGAAAAGUUGCUGGCUGCUGCCGAAUCAGGCGAAAGUCCUCCUCCAGCUCCAGUUUCUGCAGUAAAGCCAGCAUCUACCAAGACGAGGAUUGUUAUGAAGAAGGUGAAGACAAUAAAGAAGGUGAAGAAAGAGAAGAAAGCUUCAGAACCUGCACCUAUCGGCCUGUUCUUGCAGAUCUGGGAGGCUCAUCAUGUCACUGAUCUCGACCAGCUACGCUCUACCCUUCCGUCCCAGUUACAAGGUGCAUUCGAUGCAAAGAUGGCGCGAUUGCAACAAGUGGCGAGUGUCGAGGAAGCUCUAAGCCAAGCACUUGAUACCGACGAUCCCAAAGUCGUGGAACAUGAACUUGGACAGUCCAUCAGUAUCGGGUUCUGCUCUCCUCUAUUUGCUCCGCUAUUCGACCGCUAUUCGAAACUGAGAGGUGGAGCGAACGACGAUGCAGCCGAUGAUGCUGCUAUAAUGGACGGACUCCAUGCUGCCAUUCAGCUGUUGACUCGUCGGGUGGAAGCCAACGCCGAGAUUCGAGAAGACGCGGUGCAGCUCCUGUCCACGGAAAUCGAGGAGUUCUCCAACCCUUCAAGUGGUGACAAUGAAGCCAAAUACGACGAUGCAGAGCGGGAACAGAUCCUUCUUAAUGCAGGCAACUUGCGUCGCAAGUUAGAGGCUCGUAUCGCUGCUGCUGCUCGUCUUGAAUCAACGCUGGCACUCCCUACUGACGCGUCGUCUGUUGGAGCGCUAGAGCUUAGUAUCCAAGCAGCAAGAGAAGCUGGUGUUCACGAACGACUGCUAAUGAAGGCUGAAGAUAAGAUGGUGUCAGCUCGACGGAGAUCUGUAGUGACAGGCGAUCGACUGCGCUCGAGUGGACCGGGAACGCUUACUCGCAACGACAGCGAGAGCAGCAGUCGACCUAGUGUACUGGACGAAGGUGAACGUCCACGUUGCGAUACAACCGAGUGGCCUGGAGUGUCGAACGAGGAGGAUAGUGCAGACAGUUCAAGUGACAAAAAAUCCAAGCACGGCGCCGAGAAGGAUGCAGUGGCGUUCAAUCAUUUCGAGAACUUGAGGGGAUUCAACGCUCAAUCCGAGCGUGCUCUGGCGAAGAAAUUAUGCUGGGAGAGUCGCGCGAUCUCGCAGAGUUUGUCAGUUCUUGACGACAAUCCGGACGAAACUUCAUCUCUCGCUACGUCUGCAUCGGCUGGGCAAAUGGCUCUGUCUAUUAACCGCUGCAUCCUGGGAUACAUGAGAGACCGCAUAGUCUUUUACCGCGAGAUGCUGGCGCAGUAUAUUCUUCAGAUCGGACUGAUGAAGCCUUCUCUUGUGGACGAAAUUUAUCUGCAACUUAUGAAGCAACUGACGAAGAAUCCGAAGCGAGACAGCAGUAUUCGCGGCUGGUCGUUGUUUGCCAUGUGCGCGACGUCGUUCCCACCGUCACUAGCGCUCCAGAAGUACGUGAUCAUGUUUCUGAAGGCUCAAGUGGCUGACUCCAACAGCUUCUGGCGACUUGUACGCAACUUUGCGGCCUAUUCGCUUAAAAAACUGGAGAACUUGUUGGAGAAUGGCGCCACUGGUUUUAUCCCCAGCAUUGACGAGAUUCGUGGCUACGAAGCACGACCGCCAUUCCUUGCAACGAUCCAGUUGCUAGACGGCACGCCGUUGGCCGACGCCUUCCCGGUCACACCAGAGCUCACAGUAUCACAACUGAUCGAGAUCUGCUCGCACUUCCUCGGUCUUGAAGACCAUGUCGUCAACUUCUUAGGCCUCACGACAAUAUCCGAGCGUGUUGUGCUCGGUAAGAGUGGCCAGUCAACUACAACGACCACUUCGUUCGUGUCUGCGAGCGAUGACCCUGCGGCUGAUGGCAACGAAGCUACCAAAGAGAUCCCGCCUCCUCCAGUCCUUACAGUCAGUACGUCGACAUCAUCGACCACUUCGUCGUCAUCUCCAACGAGUUAUUUCCACAAGUUCAUCGCAGCGCCUUCGUUCUUGAGUUCGGAUGUGUUUCUCGGCGAUAUCUUCGAGAAGGAAUUGAUCCGUGGACGCGACGUACGGUUCGUGCUCAAGAUCCGUUUGAACCCGGUGUACAUGCUGCAGUACACGGACGAAAUGUACGACCGGCUGGUGUAUAUCCAAGUACAGGACGAGAUCGUGAAAGGAAACCUGCCUGUACUGGAAGAGGAGGCUCUGCUUCGCCUUACGGCGCUCGCUAUCGCUGUGGACUGUGAAGAUGUGCCGCCUCUGACGGUAGAGGAGAUCAUAGAGAUGGGUGUGUUGGAUUAUCUCCCUCAGGAGUGGCGACCAGCACAUGACGAGGAAGAAUGGAGUGAAUUGGUGCUGGAUACCAUCACAGAUAACCUCCUGGACGAGCAUGACGCCUUGUUCCCAGUCAGUGAGCUGCAACGCAUCUACAUUGAAGAGGUAACACGCCACAGAUUGUACGGCGCCUGCUUCUUCCCUUCCAAGUUGGUGAACCGCGGCUCCAAGGGCUCUGGCAACGGACUCAACUAUUGUCUGGGCAUCGAACUGCCUAAUUACUUUGUCAUCGCUGUGAACGGCUACGGCAUGCACAUCCUCGGUCGCGAUGGCUCCAUGCUCGCAUUCUGUGAGUAUGCAGACAUUGCGUAUUGUGGCGGCUCGUACCCGCAGUAUAAGAUUUGUCUGAAGAAGGCGUCUGAUUUGUCUGCCCCUGUGGAAGAUGUCAUUGUCACUACAAAAUACUCGGAAGAACUAGACGCUCUUAUCGCAGACUACAAGGAAAUUACGGCGCUCAUGAACGAGGCGUAGAGAUCAGAUCGUCAAUGUUUUUUUAACGCAUAGAAUUCUCGUGUUUCUUCAAAAAAAUUAUUGCCCGUUAGGAAAAAAAAACUGCAAGAUAUAUAAAUUACCAGCUUGGUGACG